AUACAGAAUCUUCCCCUAAUUUAAUAAAAAAAUGUUUAAAUUAUAUUUAUAAUUUUAUAUCUGAUUAUAUUAUCGAACCUAUAUUAAUAUCAUGUCGAUUUACUUAUUUAUUAUGUAUAUUUUUACCUUUGAUCAUUGGUUCACCAUUAAUAUUUUUUGGUAAAAGAGUUCCUGAAUGUAAUGAUGAAAGAACAGGAACUCUCUGGUGGUACAAUAAGUUGAUGAGAAGCAUGGAAAUGGCCGGGCCAACAUUUAUCAAGUUGGGACAAUGGGCUGCUUCAAGAACUGAUAUAUUUCCUCAAGAGAUGUGUAUUCGUUUAUCAAAACUUCAUUCUGCCGUUGAUCCACAUCCAUUUCAUGAAACAAAAAGGGUUAUUGAGAAAGCAUUUAAUAGACCUUUUGAAGAAAUUUUUAUUAAUUUUGAUAUGGAUCCGAUUGGAAUAGGUGCUAUUGCACAGGUUUAUAAAGCUGUUAUCCGAUCUGAAGUUCUUCCAAAUUCUUUUUUUAAUGAUGAUUCUGAUGAAUCUGAUGAAUCUCGUCCUCCUAUGGUAGCCAUAAAAAUUUUACAUCCUUCUUCUGAAAAUAAUAUACGUAGAGAUUUAAAGAUUUUGAUGGUAUUUGCAAAGAUAAUUAAUGUAAUUCCUACAAUGCAAUGGCUUUCAUUUCCAGAAGAAGUUAAAAUGUUUGGAAAUAUGAUGCAAAAACAAUUAGAUUUAAGAAUUGAAGCAACAAAUUUAUUAGAAUUUCAAAAAAAUUUCAAUAAUCGAAGUAGUAUAAAUUUUCCUAAACCUUUAAUAUUAUAUACUACAAAGAAUAUGUUAAUUGAAGAAUAUGAAAGAGGGAUAAAUAUUAAAUUAUUUCUUGAUAAUGGAGCUGGAAUAUUUGAUCAUAUGAUUGCAAAUAUGGGACUUGAUGCUUUUCUGCAUAUGCUUAUUCUUGAUAAUUUUGUACACGCUGAUUUACAUCCUGGGAACAUAAUGGUUAAAUUUACAAAACAAAAUACUUAUAAUGUAUUAAAACAAUUUUGGAGAAAUUAUACAUCAUCAGAUGAACAAAAAGCGAAAAUUAGAAGAUAUUAUGAUCGAGAAUCAGAUAUUGCAAUAGAAAGACUUUUAUCAAAAAGAAAUGAUAAAACACUUUGGUUAGAUGAAUUAAAAAAUUUAUGUGAAGAAGGAUAUUUACCACAAUUAAUAUUUUUAGAUACAGGUUUAGUUACAAGUUUAAAUGAUGAAAAUCGAAGAAAUUUUUUAGAUUUAUUUCGUGCUAUAGCAGAAUUUAAUGGUUAUGAAGCUGGUAAAUUAAUGAUUAAUAGAUGUAAAACUCCUAAUUUAGUUAUAGAUGGAGAAAUUUAUGCAUUAAAAAUGCAACAUUUAAUUUUAACAAUUAAAUCUUUAACAUUACAAUUAGGUAAAAUUAAAAUUUCGGAUAUUUUGGUUAACGUAUUACAUAUGGUUAGACAACAUCAUGUUAAAUUAGAAGGUGAUUUCGUUAAUGUUAUAAUUUCUAUAUUAUUAUUAGAAGGUAUAGGUAGACAAUUAGAUCCAACUAUGGAUUUAUUAAAAAGUGCUUUACCUAUAUUACGUAAAUUAGGUUCUAAAGGUGCUGGUAAAGGUGUUUUGGAAGGUAUAAAAGAUAUUCCAGGUGGUAAUGCUUGGUGGUUAAAAGUUUGGUUUUGGUUAGAAGCUAGAGAAUGGGUUGAUAAUGCUUCAUGGAAUUAUUAUUCUUUAUUAUUUCAUAGAAAUGUUUCGUGGCCUGAUAUGUGAUGGGAAAAGGAAAAAAUGGAAAUGUGAAAAAUGGGAAAUGGAAAACAGGAAUUGGGAAUGGAAAUGGGAAAUGGGAAAUGGGAAAUGGAAACAGGAAUUGGGAAUGGGAAAUUGAUAACGGAAACAGGAAAUUGGGAAUGGGAAUGGGAAAUGGAAGUGGAUAUGGAAAAUGGGAAACUUUUUCACGUUAAAUCGAAAAAAGGUUACUUCUAACCAGUUAUAAAAGAAAUCACAAUGUAGAAUCAGUAACUUUUGGGUAGAAAAAUUUCAUUACGUAAACCGUUUUAUUAAAGAG